ACCAAUUCCUUUGGUAAAUCCAAGUUCGUGGGAAUGGUAACUUCGCAUUUGGAGAAUCUCGCAAAUAAAGUUGGGGUUUCUGUUGCUGCUGAUAAAACAGAAGGUGUGUAUGUCGGUAAAUUGGUGGAGAAAUUGGGGCUUUUUAUGGGUAGGGAUGUUAAGGGCUUGAUUUUGGAGGGCUGUAUUAGUUUGGAGGUUUGGGAUGUGUUGGGGAGUCUAAUAGCUAAUGGGGUUGUUGAACAUGCUUCUACGUCGAACUUGGUUCACAAGUUGAUCGAGAAAAGGAGGUCGGAUUUGGUUGUUUUGUGCGUGAAACACUUGUUGGACCUUCAGGCUUAUGACUUGAUGUGCAUUUUGAAGUAUUUCUUGAUGCUGCCUGGUGAUGGGUAUAGAAGCCUGUCGAGUGUGAGGGAGGAUUGGGAGAGGCAAGCGUCGUUGGCGAUUGAGAAGGCGAGUGGUAAGGGCGUUAGUGGGCAAAAUAAGAGCUUGGCGAAGGAUGCUGCGGUCUUGAUCAUGUUGGGACAUGAUGGAUUCUCGGUGUCUGAGCUGUGCUUGCAUUAUAUUCUCGCGUCUGCAAAUCUUGAUGAGGUUAUUUUCGCAGCUUGUGCGAGUAAGUUGAAUGGUGAGGAGUUGAAGGCUUUGAUUCAGUACUUUGGGAAGUGGCUGAGGAAGUAUGAGAGGUUUCCUCAAGCUGGUCCUUGUCCUGGAUCAUCUGCAUUGGGUUUAACGGUUUGUGAUUGGAUUCCGAGUCUUGGAAGCGUUGUCAAAUAUUUUGGUUUUGUUGUGGAUGAGCAUUUUUCGUCUUUGGUUUUGCAUUCUGAGUUCCAUGAGCUGAGAUCGUUAGAAGAAGUUGUUGGUUCCUUAGCUAUUGAGGCCAGGCUUUGUGGUACUUUGGCAAAUUUGAGUGAGAGGUUGAUCAUCGAGCGCCAAGCAUACGACAAUGAUUCUUUGGGGAAUUUUGCAUUUUGAAGACGUUUCAAGGGAUUUCGGUUUUGGCAUUGCAUAGAGCUGUGGAGCAAUCCUUUUACCUCUCCCUUUAUGGAGAAGAUUUUAAUUCCUUAUAUCAUACGGAUCUCCUUGUAGUAGUAUUUUUUUGGCUUCAUUUUGAUUUCCAAUCAAUUAGAAAAAACUAUUCGAACGAGACACCUAUGUAAUGGAGUGUUGUUAAUUAUAUCAGGAAAAGCUUGAAGAA